AGACCACCAACUUCGUGCCACCGUUACUCCCUUCGAUCUCGCCGCCCUUCCAAGUCGGACCGCCUUGAAUAUCAUAGAACCACUCGCAAACACCCUUCUAGAUCUGCAAGAUGGUUCUCUCAGAUCUGGGACGGCGCAUCAAUGCGGCCGUGUCGAACCUCAACCGCGAACCCAACCUCGAUGAGAAAGCCUUCGAUGCCAUGAUCAAGGAGAUAUGUUCGGCCCUCCUAUCGGCUGAUGUCAAUGUGCGGCUUGUAAAGAAUCUGCGAAAGUCGAUACAGAGCGCCGUCAAUUUCAAGGACCUUCCGCCCAACACGACCUCCAAUGGCAAGAAGCGAAUGAUCCAACAAGCGGUCUUCGAGCACCUUGUUCAACUCGUCGAUCCUCAUGCCGAACCAUAUAAACCCAAGAAAGGCAGGUCGAAUGUGAUCAUGAUGGUCGGUCUUCAAGGCGCCGGAAAGACGACAACCUGCACGAAGCUGGCAAGAUACUAUGCAGCCCGGGGUUUCAAGGCCUGUCUGGUUUGCGCAGAUACCUUCCGAGCAGGAGCCUAUGACCAGCUGAAGCAGAAUGCUACAAAAGCAAAGAUACCAUAUUAUGGGUCACUUACACAAACAGAUCCCGCAGUGGUAGCUGCUGAGGGUGUCGGGAGAUUUAAAAAGGAGAAAUUCGAGGUUAUCAUCGUUGACACAUCGGGGAGACACAAGCAGGAAGCAGACUUGUUCCAGGAAAUGAUUUUUGUACAAAAUGCCAUCAAACCGGAUCAGACAAUCAUGGUACUAGAUGGCACGAUUGGCCAAGCCGCCGAGGCACAGUCGGCCGCCUUUAAAGCUACAGCUGACUUUGGUGCUCUUAUCAUCACCAAAACAGACGGUGGCGCAGCAGGAGGAGGCGCCAUUGCUGCUGCAGCUGCAACGCGCACCCCUAUUAUCUUCCUCGGCACAGGUGAACAUCUGGCAGAUCUGGAAAGAUUCGAUGCAAGAUCAUUCAUUUCCAAGCUACUUGGAUAUGGAGACAUGAGUGGUCUGAUCGAGCAAAUUCAAACACUCACAAGGGAGUCGGCGGGGAUGAAGGAGACCCAAAAACAUUUGGCAGAAGGUAUCUUCACGAUCCGUGAUAUGAAAGAACAAAUCACGAAUAUCAUGAAGAUGGGCCCCCUCUCCAAGAUCGGCAGCAUGAUACCUGGUAUGAGCGGCCUCAUGCAAGGCAUGUCCGACGAGGACGGAACCGAAAAGCUGAAACGGAUGGUGUACAUUUUUGACAGCAUGACGGCCAAAGAACUGGACUCUGACGGGAAAAUUCUGAUAUCACAGCCCUCUCGAAUGGUCAGAAUCGCUUGUGGCUCAGGCACCAGUGUCAGGGAUGUCGAAGAACUUCUUACGCAGCAUAAAGUGAUGGCUAGCGUUGCCAAGAACAUGGGUCAACAGAAGAAGAACAUGGCCAAAGCCAACAGUAUGUUGCAAGGUGGCAACCGACAACAGCAGCUCGCAGCAAUGCAGAAACGGAUGCAAAGUAUGGGUGGUGGCCGGGGCGGCAUGCCAGGUGGUGACCUCGGCAAGAUGAUGCAGAUGAUGCAAAACAUGGGCAUGGGAGCUGGUGGUGGUGGAGGAGGCGGAGGAAUGGAUGCUCUCAUGCAGCAGAUGGGGGGAAUGUUUGGCGGUGGCCGGGGCCGAGGGAGAUGAACGGGCUUUGGAUGCCUCGAGACUUCUCCCAACUACGCUACGUGAAGCAUAUUCAAUUUCUGGUCUCAGAUGAUCCGACCGAGGAUGCAUGGUACGGAGCCGACGGCCCUCCGGUGAGAAGGCCAAGGUGGGAGGAUCUCGAAAAGGCGUUUUAUGCCUCAAAUUCUCCUGACAAGGGUCUUGAACAAGCUUCGGUCGGUCGAUGACUGGAAUCAAGCGCGAAGAGGACUGAUAUCUUUGUGGGCUGUCACUAACGGCGGCGCGGCGAAUGAGACAUGUAGUCUCACCACCCGACGAAGGAACUGUCGGUCCUGGACAUCUACAGAAGCGCGCAAACCUGGGGCACUCUUGGCAAUGAAAGACCCAGCGUGGCUAUCCACGUCUUCUUUUCGACGAGUGGCGAAGAGAUAUUAAUGACUGAAUGUCGCAGCAGCCCGCCAAAGCAACGAGCCAGCGAGCACAGUGGACAGCGGCGAGGGCUGCGCCAAUUGUGAGGUCACUUCUGCACUUUGCAGAAAGGGAGUUGGCAUAUAAUACAGCAGUCUCUAGUGCCAGCUUCCCUCCAUUGACCUCUGGGAUGAAAUGAAGCUAUCAGAGUGUCGCGUUGAAUUGGCGUGUCACGGAUGAUAUGGUCAGUCUGAAGAGAUUGACUUGGCGUUCAUUGCUCCCAAGGAGUUGACUAUAGGCUUUCAACUUCCUAGGGAAGGUAUCCUUGAUAGCACUUCUGUCCCAUACCUAUUGACGCAUUUUACCCUGCCGAGGC